UUUUGGGGCUUGCAUGCCCAUGUUAUUGGCCGGUUGUGGCUUAUGACUUACCGUUGAAUAUUUCCGCUAUUCAUUGGUUUAAAUGUGAUGUUGUUAUGUAUGUUUACUACUGAGUAUGGAUGGAUUAUUUUUCUCGAACGCCUUGUUUAAUCAAGUGAGGUUGACUCGCGGGUGACGUCACUUGAUUAUACGGCGGUUGUACACGCGCUUGGAUUGCGGUCUGGGGCGUGACAAUUAAGCAACUGGAGCAAGAGUUCAGGACUUUGGCUAGGUUCUUACCGGAGUAUGCGAUCAAUGAGGACCGCAUGACUGAGCACUUCUGGGAUGCCUUACUCUUGGACAUCCGAGACCGUGCCACGUAUUCCCGCCUCAUGACCUUUAGUGAGGUGGUAGAACAGGGCAUGCUUGGAGAGGCCCAGUGGAAUGAGAGGAAGGCAAGGGACGCCGAAGAGGCGAAGAAGAGGAAGUGGAAUAAUUCGGGGCCACCCGAUCAUUCUCGAAGGAACAACCACGGGGGUGGUGGUGGUGGCGGUGGUUCAUUCAAGGCGCCGGCUCCACCGGCGAAGAAGAAUAGGGAUGCGAGGUGGCACGGACCUAGGCCACAGAACUCGGGGCCACCUAGAUGUCCCAAUUGCUCAAAACAACACUUUGGGAAGUGCAAUGAACCACCGAGGUGUUUUAAGUGCGGGAAUGCGGGCCAUAUGAAGGCCAAUUGCCCUCAGUUGAUGCAAGAGAGUGCCUCGGGAGCUGGGGGAGGGACCAUGACGGGAAGAAACCGUGCGGGCCCGUCAAACGGCGGUACGGGAAGAGGCAACGCAUCCACAAGUCAUGCCGCGUCCGUAAACCAAGGCGGGACCCAAGCACGAGUCUACGCGAUGACCGAGGCGGAUGCGAGAGCAAACCCGGACUCCGUUGCAGGUUGAAGCUAGGGCUUGCUACCUGCACCUUUUUACGGGUGACAUCAAAUCAAGGAAGACGUGGUUCGUGCUUCCUCAUUUUAUUUCAAAUUUCCAAACAUUGCUCAUGGAUAUUUUUAUCUGUUAUAAACUAUUCUUUUGGGGCUUGCAUGCCCAUGUUAUUGGCCGGUUGUGGCUUAUGACUUACCGUUGAAUAUUUCCGCUAUUCAUUGGUUUAAAUGUGAUGUUGUUAUGUAUGUUUACUACUGAGUAUGGAUGGAUUAUUUUUCUCGAACGCCUUGUGUAAUCAAGUGAGGUUGACUCGCGGGUGACGUCACUUGAUUAUACGGCGGUUGUACACGCGCUUGGAUUGCGGUCUGGGGCGUGACAAACCAG